GGUAGGAGAGCAGUCCUAAUGGCGGAGAACGUACGGUCGCCUUUUGACUACCGGGAGCCACCGACCCUCGACAGUGACGGGGAUGGGAGCAAACCGCCACCGCCGCCGCCCCGGGGGCGGGUGUGUGGGAGAAAAAGAAAGGGUACACCUGUGAAGGUGUGUGACCAGGCCUACGUGACCGAGGAUGAAGAGGAGGAAAGUCUGUCUGAACACAGCUACAGUCCGGGUGGUGGGCAGUACCCAGAGGGAGCGGAGGACAGACUGCCUCCACCCGGAAGCCCUUACUACCUUGCUGACCCCUCCCAGCUCUGCGUGUCGGAGCUGGGUGAGGAGGGAGCGAGUGGUGUCCGGGGGCCAGUGCUCUUCCACCCCCCGCCCAACUGCAGAAUCCGAGAGGUGCACUGUGGAAGCCAGGUGCGACUGGUCGUUAUAGCGAUCCAUGACAUCGCCAAAGGGGAGGAGAUCACGGUGGACUACAGCCUGACGGACUGGGGAGAGAACGCCAUGGGAUUCCAUAGCUCUGUGUCUUCGCGAGGGUUUGACUGCAGCUUUAACCCAGACAAUAACAUUAAGAAGGAGGAAGAGCCCGGUCCCCACCCUCUGUCUCUCUCUGACUACCUCACCCCCUCCUGGUCCCUCUCCCCUUCCUCCUCCCCGCUCACCCACUCUGAGCCCAGCGACUCAGACCGAGAAGAAGAUGACGACGACGAUGAUGAUGAAGAAGAAGAGAUGGAGGAGCUGAGGGGCCGUAUGCUCAGUCGCCGAAAGAAGCGCAAGAUAGCUGUUACGGUCACCACCAAGAAGAACAGAGCUGCUAAUCCCAGGGUGGGACCCGGCCACCCCUGCUCGUUGUUAUCCUCCCGAUUAGCUGUCUCCCCGGCCCAGACCCAGUCUCAGGCCGCCACUACCCUGGCGCCCCCCACCACCAAUAUCAACAACAACAUCAACAUAAACAUUGGCAGCUCCAGCGGGGCUACUGUCAGCCGACGGCAGCACUGUUCCUACUGCGGCCGCCACUACCGUUCGCUGGCGCGCCACCUGGAGAAACACCAUGCCAACCAGCCAAAGGUCAGGGCGGCCAUGGAUCUAGCCACACGCCACACACACUCCUCCUCUACCUCCUCCCAUCCUCACUCCUCCACCACCACCACCACCUCUCAUGGCCAUACCUUCGCCUCCCCCCAGCCCUCCUCAUCUUCCGCUCCCGCCCCUCCCCCUCCUUUCUACAGGGAGAGAGAGAGGGAUGCACCGGCCACUCGAAGUUCCUCAGGGGCGGUCUCCUUUUCGCUCUCACUGUCUGCUCAGUCGGCUGUGGCCAAGAAAGGCUCCAACUUAUCGGUACAGACGCCAAAGCAAUGCUUCACCCCUGCAGUGGCACCGGUUAAAAGUCUGCCCACACCAGCUAGGAGGGGCCGCAGGCCGAAGAGAGCAAAGGAGGAGCAGCAGAAAACAGAGGAGUGCUUCAGGAGCAAGGAGGAAGAGAUACCUCCACGUUCUACCCCCGAGCCGGAGGAAGAAGUGCCGGGUGAGGAGCUGGAGCUUUGUGGAGCUGGGGAAGGGGAUAGUCCUGAGAAUAAGAGUGUCGAGAUGGCUAGCUCUCACAGACAUCACAUGCCCCCUCUCCUAUCCUCCCUCUCCUGCCUGGUGCUCUUCCUCCGCCGUCAGCAACACUCUUCCUUCUUGUCCCUAUCUCGCUCCCCCAGUUCGGCCGAGGCCUGGCGCCUACUUUGUCACUCCAGCCUGGCGCUACUUAUCCUCUACAACCGGCACCGUGAGUGCGAAGUGGCCAAGCUCACCACCCAGGACUACCACAACCGUACCACCACACCGAGCCCAACCCAGGCUAACUUUGCCAACAACCCCCCCACUGGCCUAGAGGCCAUCCUCUCCGCCUUCGAGCGCCAGGUGCUUUGCCACCUCCCCCGGGCAGGUGUGCUGGGUAAGCGGGGGCGUAUCCAACCCCUCAUCCUGCCCCCGCACUGCGAGCCCUGCAUGGAGCUGCUCCUUCAGACCUCUGCCAAUGUGGGUGUGGACCCCCACAGCCCCUACGUCUUCUCCCGGCCCUUCCACUCGCCCGCCACCCCGCUCCGGGGCACCGACCUGCUGCGUAACCUGGCACGUGCCAGCGGCGCCAAGAAUCCCGGAGUGCUGACCCAAACGCGAGUGCGCCGGCAGGUGGCCAUCCUUACCCAGUUACUGCUCUUGGAGGAAGGUGAGGGGCAGGGCCUGCCGGGCGGGGCGGCUGGCAAGCGCCUGGAAGACUUCCUUCAGCGGGAGUACCACGUAACCCAGAGCUGCACCACGAUAGGCCGAGACCCUGCGUUGAUGGGACAUGUGGGCAGGGUGGUGCUUUAUGGGGAGCGGCAGGGCGUGCUGUUCAGGGGGAUGAGCCUGCAGCACAUUUGUCUGGAGCUGGAUGUGAUGUCGGGUAACUCUGCAGACUCCUUCUCAGGUGACUCGGACGGGGAGGCAGAGAAGGUGGAGGUGGUGAAGAAGCGACCAGGUCGACCCCCCCGCAAGAAAAAAGGACCCCCUCCCUCUGUCAACCCUCCGCUCCCUGGUGCCCACAAAAGGAGAAGCAUCCAGCCCAAGUCCGGGAAGCGUGGGGUGCUGAAGCGGCCCUGGUCGGAGGCGGAGCGAGUCGCUGUGGAGACGCACCUGAAGAGGAACAUCAUGGAAUUGCGCGUGCCAGCCAAGGCAGACUGCGAGCACUGCUUGCACCUCUGCCCUCUGCUGGUCAGCAACCAGCGCGACUGGAGGGCCAUCAAGUUUUACUGCCACAACCGCAUCCAGCUACUGAAGAAGCAAUGCCGGAAGGAGAGUGCAGGACAAGGGGUACUCUGUUAGAUAGGGAUGGGGAGAGAGAGAGAGAUGUGAGAGGUCGAGAACCGACUGCUAUGAUCUGGAGUGACCUGAUUCUGGUCCUGGCAAAGUAAGCUCAGUCUACUGGUUUUCUACUGAAUUAACCUGACCUCCAACUUAAUUUUAAAGACUCGUACCUGGGACUAGGAGUUCAAUAUUAGUCCAUAUCUGUAAUGUUGACUUCAAGAGUCAAAACGAUAAUUCAUUGAGAUUAGUUGAAAUGUCUCCUGUAACCUGGGGCCAUAUCCACAAAGUGUCUCAGAAAAGGCCCAAGGAAUCCUGUUAAAAGCUUUUGUUAGAAUACAUAGUUACAUAAUUUUUGCCUGACACGGUCAGCCUUCUCUUAAUUCUUGCCUAAUAUGUUGGCAUGCGAAAUAUAUAUAUAUUUUUUACAAAUUCUGAUGGUUGUUCAAAUUGAAUUAGCAUAAUAAAGAAAUACCCAUCAAAUUCCAUUUUUUUUUAACGGUAAUGAGAAGUUUGAUGUCGCCCUUCCACAGUGAAAGGUGGCAGAGCUAAAGCGGUGUUUGUCAGGCCGUGAGACAUCCCGAAAGUCGGUCUUUUCACAAACGUCUGUAGCGUAUUAUGACCCCCCCCCAUGUCGGUUUUAGGUGCGACUCAUCACUAAAGAGGCUUCAUGCAAAGCUUUUAUUUUUUCCCAUACGGUCGUUGAAUUCCAUAUGAAUUCACUUUCUGCACCCCUUUAGAAUUGAAUAAAAACUUCCAAACAUGUUUGUCCAUGGUAGAAGUUGUCUGAAAGUGACUUUUUGGACCUGAAUGCCAAAACAUUCAGGAGAUAGUUGCGCAAAGUUGACCCAUUUUGUAUUUCCCACCCUACCGUAAGACAUCCAUGUCUUUAUGACUGAAAAAAUAUAACUGUUCCAAGUUUGAUGUCAUUUGAAAGUUUUCAAACAGAGUUGCCAAACUAUUUGAUACUUUUUUCCAAUGUACAUAUGUACACACACAGUACCAGUCAAAAGUUUGGACACCUACUCAUUCAAGGGUUUAUUUAUUUAUUUUUACUAUUUUCUACAUUGUAGAAAAAUAGUGAAGACAUCAACACUAUGGAAUCAUGUAGUAACCACGAAAGUGUUAAUCAAAUCAAAAUAUAUUUGAUAUUCUUCAAAGUAGUCACCCUUUGCCUUGAUGAAAGCUUUGCACACUCUUGGUAUUCUCUUAAUGAGUAGGUGUGUCCCAACUUUUGACGGUACUGUAUAUAUACAGUGCAUUUGGGAAAGUAUUCGGACCUCUCGACUUUUUACACAUUGUUAAGUUACAGCCUUAUUCUAAAAUGUAUUAAAUCGUUUUUUCCCCCUCAUCAAUCUACACACAAUAACCCAUAAUGACGAAGCAAAACAGGUUUUUAUAAAUGUUGCACAUUUAUAAAAAAAAAAUAUAUAUAUAUAUACUGUGGGGCAAAAAAGUAUUUAGUCAGCCACCAAUUGUGCAAGUUCUCCCACUUAAAAAGAUGAGAGGCCUGUAAUUUUCAUCAUAGGUACACUUCAAAUAUGACAAAAUGAGGGGAAAUGUAUGAAUUUAUUUGCAAAUUAUGGUGGAAAAUAAGUAUUUGGUCAAUAACAAAAGUUUAUCUCAAUACUUUGUCAUUGACAACAAAGGGUAUAUAACAGAGGUCAAAUGUUUUCUGUAAGUCUUCACAAGGUUUUCACUCACUGUUGCUGGUAUUUUGGCCCAUUCCUCCAUGCAGAUCUCCUUUUAAGCAGGGAUGUUUUUGGGCUGUUGCUGGGCAACACGGACUUUCAAAUCCUUCCAAAGAUUUUCUAUGGGGUUGAGAUAUGGAGACUAGCUAGGCCACUCCAGGACCUUGAAAUGCUUCUUUCGAAGCCACUCCUUCAUUGCCGGGCGGUGUGUUUGGGAUCAUUGUCAUGAUGAAAGACCCAGCCACGUUUCAUCUUCAAUGCCCUUGCUGAUGGAAGGAGGUUUUCACUCAAAAUCUCACGAUACAUGGCCCCAUUCAUUCUUUCCUUUACACGGAUCAGUCGUCCUGGUCCCUUUGCAGAAAAACAGCCCCAAAGCAUGAUGUUUCCACCCCCAUGCUUCACAGUAGGUAUGGUGUUCUUUGGAUGCAACUCAGCAUUCUUUGUCCUCCAAACAUGACGAGUUGAGUUUUUACCAAAAAGUUAUAUUUUGGUUUCAUCUGACCAUAUGACAUUCUCCCAAUCUUCUUCUGGAUCAUCCAAAUGCUCUCUAGCAAACUUCAGACGGGCCUGGACAUGUACUGGCUUAAGCAGGGGGACAUGUCUGGCACUGCAGGAUUUGAGUCCCUAGCGGCGUAGUGUGUUACUGAUGGUAGGCUUUGUUACUUUGGUCCCAGCUCUCUGCAGGUCAUUCACUAGGUCACCCAGUCUUCCCAGCCUGGUGCAGGUCUACAAUUUUGUUUCUGGUGUCCUUUGACAGCUCUUUGGUCUUGGCCAUAGUGGAGUUUGGAGUGUGACUGUUUGAGGUUGUCGACAGGUGUCUUUUAUACUGAUAACAAGUUCAAACAGGUGCCAUUAAUACAGGUAAUGAGUGGAGGACAGAGGAGCCUCUUAAAGAAGAAGUUACAGGUCUGUGAGAGCCAGAAAUCUUGCUUGUUUGUAGGUGACCAAAUACUUAUUUUCUACCAUAAUUUGCAAAUAAAUUCAUUAAAAAUUCUACAAUGUGAUUUUCUGGAUUUUUUUAUCAUUUUGUCUGUCAUAGUUGAAGUGUACCUAUGAUGAAAAUUACAGGCCUCAUCUUUUUAAGUGGGAGAACUUGCACAAUUGGUGGCUGACUAAAUACUUUCUUGCCCCACUCUGUGUGUUUGUGUGUGUGUGUAUAUAGAUAUAUAUAUUACUUAGGUUUUCAGACCCUUUACGCAGUACUUUGUUGAAGCACCUUUGGCAGCGAUUACAGCGUUGUCUUCCUGGGUAUGACUCUACAAGCCUGUCAUGUUGAAUCGGGAGCGUCGGUGCCACUCAAGGAGACUUGUCCCAAAGCCACUACUGCGUUGUCUUGGCUGUGUGCUUAGGGUCGUUGUUCUUUUGGAAGGUGGUCUUGAGCGUUGAUGAAAACUUCCAGAGCGAUCUCUGUACUUUUCUCUGCUCGCCUUUCCCUCUAUCCUGACUUGUCUCCAAGUCCCUGGCGCUGAAAAACAUCCCAUCAGGAUGAUACUGCCACCACCAUGCUUUACCGUAGGGAUGGUGCCAGGUUUCCUCCAGACAUGACGCUUGGCAUUCAGGCCAAAGAGUUCGAUCUUGGUUUCAUCAGAACAGAGAAUCUUGCUUCUCAUGGUUUGAGAGUCUUUAGGUGCCUUUUGGCAAACUCUAAGCAUGCUGUCAUGUGCAUUUUAAUGACGAGUGGCUUCCUUCUAGCCAUUCUUAUGGGGUAUUGUGUACACAUUGAGGAAUUUAUUUUAUUUAAACAUUUUGUUAUUAGGGCUGUAACGUAACAAUGUGGAAAUAGUCCAGGGGUCUGAAUAAUUUUCGAAAGCACAGUGUAUUUUUAUGUUCUUUCUUUGUAUCGUUAAAGGAGAAGCUUACCCAAAAUUGAGAAACAUUCCAGUUCGUUUUUUGGAAUACAGAAACACGUUUCCAGGACACCAGAGUGUAUGUGGGCAGCAAAAUCCCUGUGGUCUGUUAGGUUCUAAAUGAACCCAGUAAAACUUGCGGGUGCUUAGUAAUGCUCAAACCAAGUUUAUUCACCCACUUGGUCAAACAGCUGCAUAAGACAACCUAUUCACACAAGUACUGUUAUUUAACUCUUUCUCCUAUGCUGAGUCUCCUACACAUCUGAACAGCCAAUACAUCUCUGCUGCUAGACAGAAACUUAUUGAUAUCUGUUCUUCCUCACUUCAUCUGACCUGACCUCGGCCCCAAAUUCCUCACUCCUCCUCAUAGGAUCCCUGAUGUCUGUCAGAAUGUAAACGUUCUACGUUCCCCUCUCCUCCCUCUGUGAUAUGAAUAAAAAUAUCAAAUCAAAUUUUAUGGUUUGCAGAUGUUAAUGCGAGUGUAGCAAAAUGCUUGUGCUUCUAGUUCCGACAAUGCAGUAAUAACCAACGAGUAAUCUAACCUAACAAUUACCUUAUACACACAAGUGUAAAGGGAUGAAGAAUAUGUACAUAAAUAUAUAUGAAUUAGUGAUGGUACAGAACGGCAUAGGCAAGAUGCAGUAGAUGGUAUCGAGUACAGUAUAUACAUAUGAGAUGAGUAAUGUAGGGUAUGUAAACAUUAUAUUAAGUGGCAUUGUUUAAAGUGGCUAGUGAUACAUUUUUUACAUGUAUGGCAGCAGCCACUCAAUGUUAGUAGUGGCUGUUUACAGUCUGAUGGUCUUGAGAUAGAAGCUGUUUUUCAGUCUCUCAGUCCCUGCUUUGAUGCACCUGUACUGACCUCGCCUUCUGGAUGAUAGCGGGAUGAACAGGCAGUGGCUCGUGUGGUUGUUGUCCUUGAUGAUCUUUAUGGCCUUCCUGUGACAUCGGGUGGUGUAGGUGUCCUGGAGGGCAGAUAGUUUUCCUCUGGUGAUGCGUUGUGCAGACCUCACUACCCUCUGGAGAGCCUUACGGUUGUGGGCGGAGCAGUUGCCGUACCAGGCGGUGAUACAGCCCGACAGGAUGCUCUUGAUUGUGCAUCUGUAAAAGUUUGUGCUUUUGGUGACAAGCCAAAUUUCUUCAGCCUCCUGAGGUUGAAGAGGCGCUGCUGUGCCUUCACCACGCUGUCCGUGUGGGUGGACCAAUUCAGUUUGUCCGUGAUGUGUGCCUUCAGUUUCGCACGAAUGCUGCCAUCAAUCCACGGUUUCUGGUAUUUUGUAUUUUCAAGUUUAGAAGUCAGAACCCAUCAGGUCGCAAAAGCAAACUAACUGUUCCUCAUUACAUUACUCCAUUACUGUACGAAUUGUAGACAUGUAUUCUUUUUCUCUGCAGCACAAACAUUUCUCAUUCACGGCAUUGCCGCGCAAUUGCCACAACUGCACCACCAGUCUGUGUUGAUUCUGUGGAUGGGUUGUGGCUGUGGUCCAGCUACUGCUACGGCUUCAGUGGCUAGAGCGGCAGUGGCCAUCUGAAGUUCAAUUUGCCUUAAUUCUUUGUCCGAAUACUCGGGCUCAAAUAAAUACUGUUAGACGACACCAUCGACCCACCCCCACUCCUCCAGUUGUUUUCUUCAUCACUAGCGAUUAUUUCGUUGUCAUACAUAUUUGUAGAUUGCUGUUUACUUUGUAUAACUCAUAUGUAACGCUGUAUUCACUUCGCCGCCGAGAGAGCUGGGGAGAGGGCAAACUCCACUGAACUAGUUUGAAUGUAUGGAAUCAUUUGGGAUUUUCUGUAUUUUGGGUGAACUUCUCUUUUAAUGUCAAUUAUCAAAAAAUGUGUAAACUCAUUUUUUUCAUUUUCACAUGUUGUAGCUUAGACCCUCCUAUGUUACAUAGUCUGAGUGUUUGUGUUGUGCACUAAAUCGGUUGAGACAGAUCAUUCUCAUGAAUACAGGGUGGAUGUAAUUUCAAUCAUAACCAGGAUUCAUAGAAUGGACCUAUCCCUUCAGUUCACUGCCAUUUAGCUGGUACACAAUUGAAAUUGAAAUUGCAUUUAUCAAGUUACUACCUGAAAGAUGUAUACAGCCUACCAUACAUGCUUGCCCAUGGUAUUCGUGAUCAGAAAGUGUCAAACUAAUAAUUUCUGGAAAAAUACCUUAAUAGAAAAGGUAUUUUUUAGCUUUUAAAAUAAACCUUUUAACAUAAAGGUAAAAGCAUACAUAAUUUCUCUAUGUUAAUACAAAUAAUUGGUUUGACAACCCUUUUUUAUAAGCUUUCAAAUUCAACCAUUUAUCUUUUUUAGUGAUGACAUGUGUUUUCAUGGUCGGGUAUGCAAAAUGGGUCAACUUUGAGCACCUCUAUCUCCAGAAUGUUUUGUCAUUCAGGUCCCAAAAAUCACUUUCUGACCACUUCUACAAUGGGCAAGCUUGUACGGAGGGUUUCAUUCUAAUCAAAAGGGAUGCAGUCAGAAAGUGAUUGAGAUUCUAUGGAACGACCCCAUAAGAGUAGGAGUAAAAUGUCUCUUUUCGGUACUUAAGACCAAUUUUCUACUCUGACGCUUUAUGGAUACAGGCCCUGGAUUGGGAAUCAUUGGUCCUAGAAGUGCGGAAGAGUAUCCGAGUUUUAAAGACCCAAUUUCAAUGUGAUGGGACAUGACGGAGAAAGAACUGAGAAAGUGAGUGAGUUCAGGAUUGGAGAAUGUUUGGAAGUCAAGCUUCCAUCUCCACUGAAAGCUGAAGACGAAAUGUGAAUGUUAGGUUGUCUUUACAAAGAUGGAAGAAGAAACAUUAUGGUUUUAACCCAUAAGAGCCACCCUAGAAUUAGCCUACAUGUCAUAUGGACUGGGACAUCUAUGAACUGUAAAGUGUGUGUUUGAUAUCGUUAACUGACUGGCGUGGACCCCAACCAUUGCUUUCAUGGUCAACUGUAUUGAUCAAAGUAUUGGACCGUGAUGCACCAGUGAACUUGUUCACAUGUACCUUUGUACCCCGGUCUUAGUCAUACUAGUAUGAAACAUGGCACUCAUUGUUCAAAUGGUUUAUAAUGUGUUUUUUUAUUUUAUUAAACUAUCAUAUGGUCUUAUUAGUAACAAAUGUAAAUGUGUACUAAUCAACAAUGAAAUUGGACAUAGUAGGGGUUAUUAAGGUCUUAUUGUGCUUUGGUGUACAUAAUGUAAAUACUACUUAUUAAAGUGUAUCACAUUUUAAAGUGUUUUCUUAACCACAAA